AUGGAUGGGAAAUUUCACUGUCUCAUGGCGAUACAUGUACCAAUGAACGGGAGUGGUAAUUUUAACAUAUCAAACAAUUUUAUCAAGACUGAACUUCUGGCAAAAUACGUUUACAAUAAGUUGGUGGACGUCGGUCUGGACAUCAUUUCUUGGCACCAUAUGAUGCCUACAUUCGCACACUUAAUGCUAUACCGUAUUAACCCAUCGAUUGCUGUUUUGUGCGGCUAUUAUCCAAACACUCAAUCCAAUCAAUUUGACGCUCUCUUUCAUAUAUUCGACAAAUGGUUUUGGAUAUUUCUGGUUAUAACAACUGUUAGGGUUAAAUACUGGUCGCAUAGAUAUGUGUUAAUAAUAAGUCUAUUAUUUUUGGCCAAAUUUUUGAUACUAAAUAUUUGUAAUCAAAUGAUUUUGUCGAUCACUAUUAAAAACCCAUACGAAGUGAUCGACACUUUGGCUGAAUUGGAUGCGAGACCACAAUUGCGGCCAAUUGUCUCAUUGAGCAUUGCCAAAUACCAGGACCUCAUGUCAAUGGGCACUCGUAUUGAGAAGAAAAUAUUGACCAGGAAUAGAAAUGAGCGUGAUAAUUUAAUAGGAUCGAAGAAUAUGUUAUAUUAUAAUCAAAUCGCACGCAUAGUGGCGGACAUACGAGAGAGACGGACACAUGUGCUCAUAGGAACGGGCGGUGCGAUUAGCAUUCUGGAGAAGGCUAUCAAUACGGGCCCUAAGAGUGUGCAUAUGAUGGCCGAUAAGGGCUACUAUCGGUGCAACGGUUGGAUUGUCCGCAAUACCAAAACGUUAACCGAGAGUGGUUUACUUGACUACUGGAUGUACUCCAGAACUGGUAUUAUGUUUAAUAAACUACUGAUGAAACAACCCGUCGACACCAUUGCCACCGACGCCAGCAAAACAAACCUAAUGAAAUUGGAUGCAAUCAAGAUUGCCCUUGGUCCUUAUAUUAUAACCACACCAUUUGCCAUUCUAGGACUCGUUAUGGAAUUUAUGAAUGUAUAA